UACGGCGCUCUGACUGUGGCACUGUGCUCAAGGGACAAGGGCUGUAGCGUAGUUAAACCCUGGCUUAAGUCUGGAACGAGUGGCAUGAUCGAACUGUACAGGACUCCAGUAGCAUACCGACUAUGAUGGAAAGAAGCUGCUUUGUUUCGACGGCCUGGAUUGACCAGGGUUACUUACCGGUUCAUACCUAUAAGUAAACCUGGUCUAUCCUGGAUCUAGGUGUUACCAGUGGCAUCGUAGUUGAUCCAUCCACAGUACAGGCACAGAGCUGUUAUAAAUGUCAACCAGAAGCUGGAAAAAGGCUAAGUUCAAGCAUAUACCGGCCAUUGUCAAGUCUUCGAGAUACGCGUGUUUAGGCCUCUAUGGCUUCCGAUCGUAUAGCGAAACUUAUCAAGGAUGAGGCGUUGGUCCAGUCACUGGAUGAUCGCGCCCCAGAGUAUGCCGCGCUCGUGCAGUCAAGUACUGCCACUGCACUCCGCAAUUCAGAAACUGCGGACCUUCUGGAGGUCACAGUUUGGGAUACAUCUGUUGAGGAGCGAAGGAGAGUUUAUUCUGAACGGCCGCCUUUCAAUACCGAUUGGGCAGCGUUGUUCUACAAAUAUCUACGAGAAAGGAGUGUUGGCAGUAACCGGGAACUAGAAACAGGUAUUGACACUGUGAUAAAGAACGCUGUUCUUGACGCGUCUCAAGAAUAUUAUACUUCCGAGGAGACAAUUGCUAUACUAUCGGGAGAGUUAGUAAAGCAGGUUGAUAUGAAUGAGAAGGUCCGAAAAGCCAUAUACAACGAAUUGCAGGCCACGCGGAAAUUAGCUAUAAGGGAGUCGAGGGAUGCAAUCUCUGCACAUACGCAGGUUAUCCUUGCUGACAGGAUGCACGACGUCAUGGCUCAGUCACUCAACCAUGCCGUGGUAAAUACCACCGUUGGCAGUGUCGUUGGACACAUGGUGCUCUCCGCAAUGGCGCUUCCCGCAGUCAAGGUCGCCAUCACCCAUUCGAUUAUUGUUGCUGUUCAUAGCGCAGCUGUGCAGCACAUACUGGUAUUGGCAGGGAAAAAAAUAGGCGUCACAGUUCUCCUUACUCUCAUUUUCGGCCAUGCGGCAGCCUCUUUGGCCGGCUGGUUUGUGCUUCCAAUCAUUGCGGCUUUCGUCACCUACCAAUAUCAAACAUUACCAGACACUUUAGCCAAGAAGAUACCGCGUGAGCUAGCGGAGCAGAUUAAGCAAAACGCACCUACAAUUAAUAAGUCUAUCGCAGAGGGUGCAAAGAAAGCAGCAAUGGAGGCGUUCUUUUCGCUUUCGGAUAAGUCAAUUUCCAUUCUCCAUGAUGCUGCCAUGAGACCACAGGCCAGCCGCUUUUAAAUUCUUCUUCGCGGGCCUUUUUAUAAUAUUCUCAGACUGGACGCGUUAAUUCAGGUACUGUUAAUACGCAAUGGUAUAUCGCAAUGCUCCUGUUUCC